CUUUCCCACACAAACUGAAAGCAUGGGUGUUAAACUGGAUUUGACUAUCCACGAAGUUGUUUUCAUCCUACUGACUGUUGUUUCUUUUGGAUGUGGGCACGCGGACGCGCACUCAGCCCCACUCCAGAGACCGAGACGUCAGACCUCAGCAGCAAAACCAGCACUCAAGGUGACAGAUUACCAUGUGCGAUGUUCUGUAGUGUCUCGCUACGCUGUAACCACAGUGGAGAGCACCGUGUGGAACCAGCUUCACAUCACUAAGGAGGCGGCUUUUGAGGUGGAUUUGUCCUCAUCUGCAUUCAUCUCCAACUUUACCAUCACCUCAAAUGGUAAGGUGUAUGUGGCUCAGGUGAAGAGGAGAACUGAUGCCAGGAAGAUCUAUGAUACCGCUAAGAAGCAAGGGAAAACAGCAGGACUUGUUGCCACAAAGGAACGUGAGAUAGAGAAGUUCCGUGUAGCAGUCAACGUGCCUCCUGGGACUCGCGUGUCCUUCUCGCUGUCUUAUGAGGAGCUGUUAUCGCGACGGCUCGGCCGAUAUGAGCUCUCUCUGGGUCUACGACCUGGUCAACCUGUGCAGAACAUCUCCUUGGACGUCAGCAUAUCAGAAAGGACUGGCAUCAGCUUCAUCAGAGCUCUGCCACUUCGAACUAGCCGAUUGCUCACAAACAGUGUUCAAGCGGAUGCAGAACCUCCUCCUUCAACUAAGGUCGAGCAGAAUCCUCACUGCGCACAUGUGCGCUACACUCCCACCAUACAGCAACAGAGGAACAUAUCUCCCAGAGGUCUCAACGCAGACUUCGUCAUUCAUUAUGACGUGGAGCUCAAAGACCCCAUGGGGGACAUCCAGGUGGAUGAUGGCUACUUUGUUCACUACUUUGCACCUCGAGGACUUCCUGUAGUUCCUAAAGAUGUCAUCUUUGUCAUUGACAUCAGCGGCUCAAUGAUUGGCACAAAAAUUAAGCAGACUAAGGCAGCCAUGACCACCAUACUGAGUGACCUGCGUGAAGGAGAUUACUUCAAUCUCAUCACUUUCUCAGAUAAGGUGUACACCUGGAAGAAAGGACGCACUGUGCGGGCCACAAGGCAGAAUGUGCGGGAUGCCAAGGAAUUUGUCAGGAAGAUAAUCGCAGAGGGCUGGACAAACAUCAAUGCAGCUCUACUGUCUGCGGCCCAACUGCUAAACCCAUCCUCACACUCUGGUCAAGCGCCUUCCUCUCACCGUGUCCCCAUGAUCAUCUUUCUGACUGAUGGAGAAGCCACUAUUGGGGAGACAGAACCAGAUGUGAUUCUGCAUAAUGCACAAAAUGCUUUGGGUUCAUCUUCGUUAUUUGGCCUGGCCUUUGGAGAUGAUGCUGAUUUUCCAAUGUUGAGAAGGCUGGCAUUGGAGAAUCGGGGUGUGGCUCGGAUGGUAUAUGAGGACGAUGAUGCAGCUGUCCAGUUGAAAGGUUUCUAUGAUGAAGUCGCCAGUCCUCUGCUUUCAGAUAUCCAGCUGUCCUAUCUAGAUGAUCAGGCGUACGAUAUCACUCGCUCUUUGUUCCCCAACUACUUCCAGGGCUCUGAAUUGGUAGUCACGGGACGACUUAAACCAGGUGUGCGGGAUCUGAAGGUUACACUGACUGCAAAUGAUUCCAUACAGAAAGUGAAAGUGGAGAAUGAGUUACCACUGGCCAAAGCAGUCGUAAAUGGCACAGAACCAUCUCUGGGCUGUUCAAAGGCACUGGAUGGCAUUCCUAGCUUUGUCCAUCGGCUCUGGGCUUAUUUCACUAUCAAAGAGUUGCUGCUGGCUAAAAUGAACACCUCGGAUUUGAUCACACAGCGCCUUCUUGUAGAUAAAGCCACCAAUCUUUCACUAAAAUACAAUUUUGUAACACCAGUCACUUCGUUGGUUGUGAUCAAACCGGAUAUUGAUGAACCAGAACCUACUGUUGUGGCUACUACCAGCAAGACUUCAACUAGUACAUUUGCAGGUUCUACAAAUGUGACAAACCAGACCUCUCACACUGCACCUAAAAUACCCUCCACAUCUGUAACGGGAACCAAAAAAUCCAGCCUUUUCUCACUUCCAAAAACAAGCAAACCUCCUGUCACCAAAUCUGUACAAGCACAUCCACCACCCUCAGGGCUUCACACCACAGGUCGACCGCCUAACACCUCUGUCUCCCUUGACAAAACAAUCCCUUCUCCAUCACCCAAGAAGACCACUACAGUACCACUUAAGACCACCACUACCCCACUUUCCAGCAAGUUAUCCUCCUCUCCUCCUAGCAUCAUCAAAACCACACAAGCCUUGGCUAAGAUUUCAAACAGACCUCCCAGUAUGACGAAAACCACUUCUUCCUCUCCGCCAGUCAAAAGCACAACACUUGCCACCUUAGUCAAAACUGCACCAUCUGUGGUAAAAGACUCUUCCACAGACAUUGAGAACUCCUCUACCUCAGGACCCACAACACUUCAGCAGGGCCAACAGACAUUGACCUCCACAGCAUCUACUUCAGAUGCUAAUUCAGACAUUCAUGUUGAACUGGAAGUGGCCACACUGAUGGCUCCUACUUUUCUGCCUAUGCCAGGAAUGACAGAUGCACCAAAAUUUUGGGAAGCCUCUCGUUUUCUGGAUGUGUCUUCUUCCAUCCAGAUUCAGAGGAAAGAUAUUGAACUUGUUAAAGAUUAUGAUACAGCACAUGACUCCGACUAUGACUACAACAUCCAUUAUGAGUCAUAUUCAGAUACUGAGGUAGAUGACCCAGAAAACCCCCCCAGUUUAAGUUCAGUUAGAGUGUUCUCCUCAUCAGUGGAUGGAGACCCACAUUUUGUUGUUCAGCUCCCGAAGCUACAUCAGAAUUUGUGUUUUACCAUUGAUGGCAGGGCUGAUGAUGUACUACGGCUUCUUGAGGACCCAGACAAAGGAUUUAUUGUGGAUGGGCAUUUAAUAAUGGCUCCUUUUAAGGAGGGGAUGGAGAAUCGUACUCGUACCUUCUUUGACAGGAUUUCUAUCACUGCUGCCAAAGAUGCUGUUAUGGUCACAUUAACACUGGACUCAGUGGUAGUAAAGGUGGAAGGGAAGGAAGUCGAGACGCUGCCCACCAAUCAGAGAGGAUCUGUGGAGCGACACAGACUAAGAAUCACGGUCGAAGAGCACCAUGGCUGUUGGAUUGAGCUCGGCGUUGGUGUGCAGUUCUUCAUUCUCUUCCAUCGUUACAGCCAUCCCAAAUACUUUCAAAUGGAGCACCUGGGCUUCUAUAUUGCCGAUGGAAAGGGGCUCUCUCACCUCACUCAAGGGCUGUUGGGCCAAUUUCAACAUACCCAUUUAGAGGUCAUAAGGGUAAUGGAUCAAGCAGGUUUCCAUCAUGCACAAACAAAUAAGAACACUUCGUUGGCCAUGGGCUUCAUAAAGAAAGGAGAUGAGCGUUUUCCUGUCACUCUACAAGACAAGAAUCUGAAGGACUCAUCCAUGAAGCGACACUCAGCUCAAUGUUGGGUAGUGCCAAAGGUGGAUGUAGAAAGACUUCUGGGCCAGUCCUACGAGAGUUAUGUCGUGGAUCACCAAUAGAUAACCCUCUUACCAUAUUUCUACACCUACAGAAUUACAAAAGGUAUAGAAAAGACACUGGAACUUGAAUCUUGUGCUAUUUGACAGUGCAAAAACAUCUGAUUGGGGAUAAAACAGAGACUAAGAAUACACACAACUGUGAUGAAUUUAAAUAUGUUUUCGAAGCAUUGAUUGGUCCAAAUAUUUGUAUUUGAACAUAAUGGUACGCUACCUUUCAAAAGUUUCAAAAUAAAUCCUGUUCUUUUGAACUUUCUAUUAAUCAAACAAUCCUGAAAAAAAAAAGUAUUUAGUAGCACAACUGACACUGCAUUUGACACUGCAUUGACUGAUUUCUGAAGGAUCAUGUGACACUGAAAACUGGAGUAAUGAUGCUGAAAAUUCAGCUUUGCCAUCACAGGAAUAAAUUACAUUUUAAAAUAUAUUUAAAUAGCAAACAGUUCUUU